AUGCCCAAGCCUGAGACUGUUUCUACAACAAGUAAUGAACAGGCACGAGUUUCACAAUCGAGGCCAGCUGCUGCCGCUACUCCUAGUCCCAUCCAAGCAUCUGUUCCACCUUCAAGUUUACAACAGUUUUUCGAUUUAACAGGACCUUUGGUCAUACUGCCGUCAAGGCCUGCUCAAGGACCAAGGCCCAGAGGUGCUUCGAUGCCAUACUAUGGUGGUCAAGGCCAGCAGCCGCCAGUGCCACCACCCCAUAUGCUUGGUGAGGAAUUGUUUCCUCUCGUUGAAAUGUGGGAGAAGGACAAGGCAGCUAAGGUGACAAGCAUGCUUCUGGAGAUGGACAAUCCUGAGAUAUUACAUUUGCUAGAGUCACCAGAGGCUUUAAGGGCAAAAAUUGUAGAGGCCAUGGAUGUCUUAGCGAAGGUAGCUGCCGAUGGGAAACAGUGA